GGUCAUGGUGGGGGUCAAUGAAACAACAAAACCAAGAAAAAAACUGCUCAAAAUAAAAAGAAAAGCUUAAAAAAAAAGUGUCUUAAAGCUUAAAAGAAAGCUGAUCAUAGCAGCAAGCAAUAGCUUUUCUUCUUCAUGUUCCCUCGGCUUUUCACUUUCUCCCUCUAGAUAAACCUUCUUUUUUUCUCUCUCUCUCUCUGCGCAUUAUCCUUUUUGUGUUAUCAGUAAAGCUGAAUUCCCCCUGAUCCACUCUUCCCUUCCCACACUGUUCCAACUCCACCACCUGUAGAGCUAAAAGAUUGAUUGAUUCGUUUUCACUUCAACUCAUCACUCCACCAACAAUCUCCUACAUAUAGUCUAACAAGGAACACCAAACAACAAUAUGUUGGACAACACUAGUGCUUCUGCCCUUCCAUCUUCCUCCUCUGAUCCUCUCACUCCUUUGGAAAAUGGGGCCAACCAGAAAAGAAAAAGAAAGCCAGCGGGCACCCCAGAUCCGGAUGCAGAGGUGGUUUCUUUAUCUCCAAAAACAUUGCUGGAAUCAGACAGGUAUGUUUGUGAGAUCUGCAACCAAGGGUUUCAAAGAGACCAGAACCUUCAAAUGCAUAGGAGAAGGCACAAGGUGCCCUGGAAGUUGCUGAAAAGGGAAACGCAAGAGGUGAAGAAGAGGGUAUUUGUUUGCCCUGAGCCAAGCUGCUUGCACCAUGAUCCUUGCCAUGCCCUGGGUGAUCUGGUUGGCAUAAAGAAACAUUUCAGGAGGAAGCAUAGCAAUCAGAAACAGUGGGUUUGCGAGAAGUGCUCUAAAGGGUAUGCUGUUCAGUCUGAUUACAAGGCUCAUCUCAAGACUUGUGGCACCAGAGGCCAUUCCUGUGACUGUGGCCGUGUUUUUUCCAGGGUGGAGAGUUUCAUUGAGCACCAAGAUGCUUGCACUAUUCGGCAAGUUCAACCUGAAUUGCAGGCGCUGCACCCUGCCUGCUCCUCUCGAACAGCUUCAAGCACUAGUCCAUCAAGCGAUGCCAACUUUAGCAUAGCCCCGUUGCCUGGAUUGCCAAUGCCAAAAUCAACUGAGCCUGUUUUCUUGCACAGUUAUGCGUCUACUUCUGGCCACCAGAACCAUCUGCAACAGAAUCUUGAACUUCAGCUUCUACCAUCAUCAAGCACUCACUCAUCAUGGAAUUCUGAUGAGAACUGCGCAACUCAUUUGAAGCUAUCAAUAGGCUCAAGUGACGGUGUUGAAAAAAGUGAAUUAAACAAGCUUAGUUUGGAUACAUGUAGAGAAAAUAAUGCCACUGAAACAGCAUUGGAAGCUAUUAGGUUGAAAAAGUUUGCAAGUGAGCAGCUAAAGUUGGCCAUGGCCGAGAAGGCCUACGCGGAAAAGGCUAGACAAGAAGCAAAGAAGCAGAUUGAGAUGGCUGAGCUUGAGUUUGCAAGUGCUAAGAUGUUAAGGCAACGAGCGCAAAGUGAACUCGAGAAGGCUCAAGUCUUGAAAGCUCAGGCAACAAAGAAGAUAAGUGCUACAAUCAUGCAGAUCACUUGUCAAGCUUGCAAGCAUCAAUUUCAAACAUCAACAGCUGCUGUUCCAGCUGAUGAGACCUCACUUGCUAUAAGUUACAUGUCUUCAGCCACAACAGAAGGGGAAGGAGAGUGACGGCAAGUUGAUUAUGCAAUCAAAACGAUCGACUCUUAGCCCUUAAAAUCUCCUUGUUUUUGUGCUGCAUGUUUAGUUUCUCUUUGCUAUUUCAAGUAGUUAUUCCGACCUAUAUCGUGGUUUUGAUAUAAAAAAAGGUCUUUGUAAGCAAUUAAUUCUUGAAUUGAUUUAAUAUAUCUUCAUUUGUUUAAUAGAAAGUAAAUGAUUCAAUU